CCGGGGCGCGCACGUACUAGUCGCUCUGCCGCAGCCAACCGCGUAGCCAGCCGGUGGCGCAGGUGUCUGGGGACCCCGAGCGCCUAGCCUGGGAGCAUGAUCGUGGACAAGCUGCUGGACGACAGCCGCGGCGGAGAGGGGCUGCUGGACGCGGCCGGCGACUGCGGCCUCAUGACCAGCCCGCUCAACCUCGCUUACUUCUACGGAGCCUCGCCUCCCUCCGCCCCCGGCGCCGGCGACACCGGUUACCUGUCCGCGGUUCCCUCCGCGCCCGGCUCGCCCGGCUCCGACUCUUCCGAUUUCUCCUCCACUUCCUCGGUGUCCUCCUGCGGGGCCGUGGAGUCCCGUCCGAGAGGUGGCGCCCGCGCCGAGCGCCCGCAAGUUGAGCCCCAUAUGGGGGUGGGCAGGCAGCAGAGAGGCCCCUUUCAAGGUGUUCGAGUGAAGAACUCGGUGAAAGAGCUACUGCUGCAUAUCCGAAGUAAUAAACAGAAGACUUCCGGCCAAGCGGUGGACGAGUUUAAGACCCAGAGUGUGAACAUUGAGCAACUGACAGACCUGAAGAGUGCAGUGUCUGCAGUGGGGAAAAGAAAGGGACCUGACCCUCUGGCCGAUGGACCAGUUUGCAAGAGGCCAGCUCUGUUGCCCACUCGGUUUGUGACAUCACCACAAACAUCUCCACGUGGGGAGAGCAUGGAAGAUGUUCGCCACAGUGAAUCCAAACUGGAGAGCAGUGCUGCUCUGCUCCAGAAUAUUAUAAACAUCAAGAACGAGUGCAACCCGGUCUCACUAAACACUGUCCAGGUUAGCUGGAUGAGCCCCGUGGUCCCCCAGAACUCCCCAAGAGACCAACGCCAGGAUUUCCAUGGAGGCCAGUCCUUCUCUCCACCUCAGAAAUACCAACCGUUCCAAGUCGGUGGCUCUCCACAGAUGAUGGAGCAGGCUUCUAUGUUCCAGUAUUCACCACAAGGGCAGAACAUGCAGCAGCCACAGCCACUGCCACCGCAGCAGCAGCAGCAGCAGCAGCAGCAGCAGCAGCAGCAGCAGCAACAGCAGCAGCAGCAGCAGCAACAGAAUUAUCCCCACAACCCACCCCUGCAGUUCAGUCCUUAUUCCAGAAUAUCCCAGUCCCCCAAGUAUGAUUCGAACCUCUUUGAUAAUCAAGACUCACAGUUCUGCACGAGCCAGAGUUUUGUGUCCCUACUGACUGGCCAAGGGGAAUCGGAGACCAUGGCCGUUCCCGUCCAGGCUUCCCACAGCGUUCCACCACAAAAUGAGACUCAGCUGCAGAACUUCAGCCUGAUGCCAAGCAGUGCCUGCGAGGCCGUCGGGGCGCACGAUGCUGGCUCCCACUCUUUAGGUGGUUCCCUGUCGCUCCAGAACAUCAUGGGUGGCCCGAUGAGCACCACACAGCUAGGGAAGUCAUUUUUCCAGUGGCAGGUGGAGCAGGAAGAAAGCAAACUGGCAAAUAUUUCCCAGGAACAGUUCCUCUCUAGGGAUGGAGAUGGUGACACGUUUCUCCAUAUUGCUGUUGCCCAAGGAAGACGGGCACUUUCCUAUGUUCUUGCAAGAAAAAUGAAUGCUCUCCACAUGCUGGAUGUUAAGGAGCACAACGGACAGAGUGCCUUUCAGGUGGCUGUCGCUGCCAAUCAGCACCUCAUUGUGCAAGACCUGGUGAACCUUGGUGCCCAGGUGAACACCACAGACUGCUGGGGAAGGACACCUCUGCAUGUCUGUGCAGAGAAGGGCCACUCCCAGGUGCUCCAGGCAAUCCAGAAGGGAGCAGUGAGGAGCAAUCAGUUUGUGGAUCUGGAGGCAACGAACUAUGAUGGCCUGACUCCCCUCCACUGUGCGGUCCUGGCUCACAAUGCCGUGGUGCACGACCUGCAGAGAAGCCAGCAGCCUCAUUCGCCCGAGGUGCAGGAUCUCUUACUGAAGAAUAAGAGCUUGGUUGACACCAUUAAGUGUCUGAUUCAGAUGGGAGCAGCCGUGGAGGCAAAGGAUCGUAAAAGUGGCCGCACGGCCCUGCAUUUGGCAGCGGAGGAAGCAAAUCUGGAACUCAUUCGCCUCUUUUUGGAGUUGCCGAGUUGCCUGUCUUUCGUGAAUGCAAAGGCUUACAAUGGAAACACCGCCCUCCAUGUUGCUGCCAGCCUGCAGUAUCGGGUGACACAGUUGGAUGCAGUCCGUCUGUUGAUGAGGAAGGGAGCCGACCCCAGUACUCGGAACUUGGAGAAUGAACAGCCGGUGCAUUUGGUCCCCGAUGGCCCUGUGGGAGAACAGAUCCGACGUAUCCUGAAGGGGAAGUCCAUUCAGCAGCGAGUACCACCAUACUAGCUUCAUUUGGCAUGGAGCCUGGUUCAGCGACACUCACUGUCAGUUAGGCAGUCCUGAUGUAUCUGUACAUAGACCAUUUGCCCUGUAUUGGCAAAUGUAAGUUGUUUCUAUGAAACAAACCCAUUUAGUUCACUAUUAUAUAGUGGAUUAUAUUAAAAGAAAAGAAGACAGAUAUCUAAUUUUCUUGGCAGAUUUGCAUAUUUCAUACCCAGGUAUCUGGGAAUCUAUAUAUCUGAAUUUGAUCUUGAAUGGUAAAAUUGCCUUCAAUAAACAGUAGCUUUCUGGGUAGGAAAAAGACUCAUGGGAAAAGACUUGAUUUGUGGCAUAAAGCAUUGCUCACGGAGUGAUCGCCAGUGAUUCAAAUUAGGUGGGCUUGAAACAUGAAAUGAAAAAUGAAAGCAUUUGAAAGGGGACAAAAAAUUUGGAUGUACCAUCGAUGGUUCUUUGGUCUGAUGCACAACCUGGUGGUUAAUGCUCUCACUGUUUCACUAGGUGAGGGAAGCCUCUUGUUAGGAUGUGAUCUUUGAAGCUGUAUAUAAUAAUUUUUACCUUUUAAAAUGUUGUACAUACUUGUUAACACGGACGUUUGAAGUGUGUAGAUCAAUAAAAUAGCUAGUGAAUUGUUACCACUUUAAAGAUUAGGCACCCUCAAAGCAACUUUUAUUGUAUAAUCGGCCAACUCUAGUUUUCACAGAUAAAGCAAAUGGGGAAGUGGGUCCCAAAGUUGCUCUGGUUGCAAAUGGGCGUCUCUUGCAUUGGAAACAGACACAUUUGUAGGUCUCUGCAUAUGCUUGAAGAGACUUUUUUUUAUGAAUCACCUGUUAGAUUUAUAUGAUUUACAUAAGUUGUUGAAGUUUCUGUUUCUCCUUACUAGAAACUAUAAAAGUUCAACAUUGAAGCAUCGUUUUCUAUUGUCAAAUAGUAAUAAUGUGCUGUGAUGUUUAUACAAUUCAUGAAGAUGUUUUACUUUUUAGUGCAAUGUUAGUUCUUUUGACAUUUUGCUUAAAUUUGAUAUGCCCGGCAAGGAUAUAUUUAGCUUGGAUUAUACAAUGAUUCUUUGUGACAAAUAUGACCCAUUAAAAAUGAUGCCUUUUAAUGGACUAACUUACCUUUUAGCUAAGUACUCAUGUUCUUUUUUAAAAGAUGCCCUUUGGAUUGGAUUGAUCAUGUUGUUUAUAUUGAUCAUGUUGUUUAAGUUAGUGUAUUUUAUGGACAGUCAUUUGUCAUCUCGGAGGUGGAAUGAACCCAAUCCACAUACUGACAAACUCAUGCAUAGUUUUAAAUGAACAUUAAUAAACUCAUGUUGUCUUAGAA